UCUUUCAGGGAGAGCGGGCUGCCAAAAUUGAUUUUAUACUUCAGAGAGGGGUUUAAGCCUAAACCCUAAAACAAGCUGAGAUGGAGUCUUCUUCUCCGACUGCAGGGAAAAGGAAGCAACCGGAGGAGGAGAACUCCGACGUGAACUCAGUCCAGAAGCUAAAUUCAUCCUCAUCAAAGAGAGUCACAUUAGCUCGAACCUGCGUCCACGAGGUAGCAGUUCCAACUAAUUACACUUCAACCAACGACGAAACAAUCCAUGGAACCCUCUCAAACCCUUCGUAUAACGGCGAAAUGGCUAAAACUUACCCGUUCAAGCUCGACCCAUUUCAGGAAGUAUCCGUCGCGUGCUUGGAACGUAAAGAAUCAGUUCUUGUAUCGGCACAUACCUCUGCGGGAAAAACAGCUGUCGCCGAGUACGCAAUCGCAAUGGCAUUUAGGGAUAACCAGAGAGUUAUUUAUACUUCACCUUUGAAAGCAUUGAGCAAUCAGAAGUAUAGGGAAUUAAGCCAUGAGUUUAGUGAUGUUGGUUUGAUGACUGGUGACGUCACGAUUUCGCCAAAUGCAAGUUGUUUGGUGAUGACGACGGAGAUUUUAAGGGGUAUGCUUUAUAGAGGUUCUGAGGUAUUAAAGGAAGUAGCUUGGGUUAUAUUUGAUGAGAUACAUUACAUGAAAGAUCGCGAGAGAGGGGUAGUUUGGGAAGAGAGUAUUAUAUUCUUGCCACCGGCUAUUAAGAUGGUGUUUCUUUCGGCUACAAUGUCGAAUGCUACUCAGUUUGCUGAAUGGAUUUGUAAUAUUCAUAAGCAGCCUUGUCAUGUGGUGUAUACGGAUUUUCGGCCUACCCCUUUGCAGCAUUAUAUGUUCCCUGUGGGUGGUUCUGGAUUGUAUCUUGUGGUUGAUGAGAACGAGCAGUUUAGGGAGGACAAUUUUGUUAAGAUGCAGGAUAGUCUUGCAAAACAGAAAUCGGGGGAAAAUAAGAGUACUGCAAAUGCUGCUAAGGUUAGAGGUAGAAUUGCUAGAGGUGGCUCUUCUUCUGGUGUAUCGGAUAUCUGCAAAAUUGUCAAGAUGACCAUGGAAAAGAAGUUUCAGCCCGUCAUUGUGUUCAGUUUUAGUAGAAGAGAAUGUGAACAACAUGCAAUGUCUAUGCCCAAGCUUGAUUUUAAUACCGAAGAGGAGAAGGAAGUAGUGUAUGAGGUUUUCCGUAAUGCAAUGGAUUGCUUGAGCGAGGAAGAUAGGAACUUACCAGCUAUUGAAUUGAUGUUGCCCCUACUUCAGCGUGGAAUUGCUGUUCACCAUUCUGGCCUGCUUCCUGUUAUCAAGGAACUUGUGGAACUUCUCUUCCAAGAAGGACUUAUAAAGGCUCUUUUUGCAACAGAGACAUUUGCCAUGGGGCUAAACAUGCCUGCAAAAACUGUUGUUUUUACCAAUGUAAAGAAAUGGGAUGGUGAUAGUCAUCGUUACAUUGGAUCUGGUGAGUAUAUUCAGAUGAGUGGAAGAGCAGGACGUCGUGGCAAAGAUGACCGUGGUAUUUGUAUUAUCAUGAUUGAAGAGCAGAUGGAGAUGAAUAGCCUCAAGGAUAUGGUAUUGGGUAAACCAGCUCCAUUAGUCAGCACAUUUAGGCUGAGUUACUACACAAUUUUGAAUUUAAUGAGUCAUGCCCAAGGCCAAUUUACUGCUGAGCAUGUUAUCAAAAACUCAUUUCACCAGUUUCAGUACGAAAAGGCGUUACCUGACAUUGGGAAGAAGGUCUCUAAGCUGGAAGAAGAAGCUGCGAUGCUUGAUGCAUCCGGGGAGGCUGAGGUUGCAGAAUAUCAUAAACUAAAACUUGAGAUAGCAGAACGUGAAAGAAAACUUAUGGCUGAAAUAACACGACCUGAAAGGGUUCUCCAUUUUCUUCUUCCUGGUAGGCUGGUGAAGGUAUGGGAAGGUGGAAAAGAUUGGGGUUGGGGUGUUGUAGUCAAUGUGGUGAAGAAGCCUCCGGCACCGUCAGGUUCUUUGCCUGCUGCACUCUCUGCUUCACGUGGCACUGGCUAUAUUGUUGAUACCCUACUUCAUUGCUCUCUUGGUUCUGGUGAAAAUGGUUCUCAACCCAAACCAUGUCCUCCUCGUCCAGGGGAGAAGGGAGAAAUGCAUGUGGUUCCUGUUCAAUUACCCCUGAUUUCUUCACUCAGUAAGCUUAGAAUAUCUGUUCCUGCUGAUCUUCGGCCAUUGGAAGCAAGGCAAAGCAUCCUGCUUGCUGUACAGGAGCUUCAGAAACGUUUUCCUCAAGGCCUCCCAAAGCUUAACCCUGUAAAGGACAUGGGUUUUGAAGACCCCGAAUUCGUUGAUAUAGUGAACCAGAUUGAAGAACUAGACAAAAAAUUGUUUGCUCACCCACUGCACAAGUCACAAGACGAGCAUCAACUUAAGAGUUUCCAGAGAAAGGCAGAAGUGAACCAUGAAAUUCAACAACUCAAGUCAAAAAUGCGCGAUUCACAGCUUCAAAAAUUUCGGGAUGAACUUAGAAACCGUUCCCAAGUCCUGAAGAAGCUGGGUCACAUAGAUGCUGAUGGUGUUGUGCAGUUGAAGGGACGAGCAGCCUGCUUGAUAGACACUGGGGAUGAACUUCUUGUGACUGAACUGAUGUGUAAUGGUAUGUUCAACAAUCUUGAUCAUCAUCAAACUGCGGCGCUGGCAAGUUGCUUUAUCCCAGGAGACAAAUCAAAUGAACAAAUAAAUUUAAGAGCUGAGCUUGCUGGACCAUUGCAACAACUACAAGAUAAUGCAAGAAGAAUAGCAGAGAUUCAACGUGAAUGCAAGUUGGAGAUAAACGUUGAAGAAUAUGUUGCGGCAUCAGUACGACCAUUCUUGAUGGAUGUCAUCUAUUGUUGGUCAAAGGGAGCAUCUUUCGCGGAGGUUAUACAAAUGACCGAUAUCUUUGAAGGUAGCAUCAUUCGGCUGGCACGAAGGCUUGAUGAAUUUUUGAACCAGUUGAAAGCUGCUGCACAUGCUGUGGGAGAUGUCGCUUUGGAGAACAAGUUUGGUGCAGCCAGUGAAAGCCUCCGACGAGGAAUAAUGUUUGCAAAUUCUCUGUACCUCUAGGAGCGUGUACUUUGGAGCUUCAUUAGCAUCAGAGUAAGUGCUUGUGUACAUUUCGUCUAUCAAUAUGGGGAUUAGCUAGCAAAUUGCGUUCUACUGUUUGAGGAACUAUGAGUGAUAAUAUAUGUGUAGCGGAAGUGGGUUUUCCUAGUCAUAGCUUUUUGUAGUUAAGUGGUAUGAAUUUGCUGUCUCAUUUUUGUAAUACACAUAUAUGAAUAAUUUGAUGCUGGAAGGCAAAAUAUUUCACCUGCAAA